GGGGCAGAAAAGUCCCAUGGAGUGCUCCAGAAGGGAUCCCAAAGCCCUGCAGCAGUCGGCUUCCCUACAGACCCUGCUCCCCAAAAGCUCUUGUAAGAAAAUCACUAGAAAGAGAAAAGCACCAAAGCUUUUGGGUCCAUAUGAAGUGCUUUGAGGUCACUUUGGUUCUGGCUGCACCAGAGCCCCUCUGUGCUCUUCCCCAGGGAGCUUUCUUCAAAGAGGCGUUUAGCUGCCAAAAGUGUAGCUGACAAUUUCUAACUUUCCUUUAUUUUUUUACACCUGAGAUACUGACACUGUCUGGCGGGCCUUUUGGCUUAACUUAUUCUGCAGAUUAUGGAGAGAAACUUAGAGCAAAGUUUCAGGAAGCUGCUCAAAAAUGCAAAGUUUCCUCAUGUCUGGGAGCUUUUUCUUGUUGUUUUUCUGGUGCCUUGGCACCACUCACUCGGGGUGAUUCAUUUAUUUCUCUCUUUUGUUAGUCAAACACGAAAUACUAAUGAUUUUUGUUGCAAGAGAGGCAUUUGUACUCCAGAAAUGCAAUGAGUAGGAGCUGCACUGGAACAUUAUUGGUGGCCGUGGCUCUGCCCGAGCGCUGCCCCCAGGAGAGGGAGCUUCCCAUUGGAUUUAAAAUGCAGUUCGCAUCGCUCCCGGGGCUGUUCCUUUUCUGUUGUUUCAUGAGUCUUCCCUAUUGUUGGGCUGCUACUGGAAAAGCCGUGCAAGCCACCGCGAGGCUGUUCACCCCUGUGCCAAAGACAGACGUGACAUCAGCCCCUGGGCAAAGUUCCCCACGUGCAGGCACCGUGCCCAGGGCUGUGCGGCGUCCAGGGGGGUGGCACGGACAGACGGACACCGACUGUCUGACCCCUGGGGUGACCUGAGGCCGCAGGAGAGCAGCCCGGAGCCCAGGCACUGCUGGUGGUGCUGAGCAUCCCUGGCCGCCAGCCUGACACCUGCGAACCUGCCACAUGGCCCCGAGGUGCGGAGCAGGGCUCCUGCCUGGUGUUGUCGGCCGGUCGCAGUCCUGGCUCCCUGUGCUGCCUGCCUCUGCUGUGGGCAAGCGUCAGAUCAGGCUCCUCUCAGUGAAUGUCACUCAAUGCCCUCUGCUGAGGGUCUCCUUCUGUUGCAGGGACUGCUGCAAGUCAAAUCCUCCCUCUUUUCCUCCUGCCCUGUCCUCCAGGAGGAACUGCAUCCUUUGCUGGCACCUGGCUUGUGAUGAACUUGCUCAGCCAAGGGCUGCAAGAGCUGGUGACCAGAGGUGUGGUGUGCUGCCAGACGUGCUCGUGUCAGAGCAAGGUGCUCAAACCCAGGCUGAACCCCGUCCCUGGAGGAGACCCAUAGAAGCCGGAGGAGCCCAAGGACAGUUAACCCCACACCUGCAACAACCACAGCAUCCUGGACUGACCUCCCUGAGUAAAAACAUGAGUGUAAACCCAAAAUCUUUCAGAAAACUUAUUCCCCCCCCCCCCCCCCCCCCUCGGACUGACCCAUUUUCCACUCAAAAUGAGCUCUGUGGGAAAUUCCCACCCAGCCCCAAGCAAAACCCUACGAGAGCAGGGAAGUACACGCAGCUCCUGGGCUCUGCCAAGCUGGGGCAGCCUCAGUUCCCCGUUACAAAACGUCCCCCCCGGUCACUGCAGCACUGAGCAAGGCAGCCCCAAGAAGAGCAAUGACCUGGCGAUGGGCUGGGGGCUUUGCCGGGGAGGUGCCAGGCCUCUGCACCGUGUCCACGCUGCCCUGCAGCCCGCCCGGCCCCGCGUUGCGACACGGAGCCCCGGGUCUCACCUGGCCGGGGGGAAGCAGCGUUUCCGUGUCACUGACCCUGGGGACAGCCCCGGGGACACAGGGAGGGCUGUGCCUAUAUAGGGUGCCGGGAAGGGUGCAGGAGGCAGAGCUGGGCUCCUCGCUGCUCACUCCUGAUUCUUCCCUAGGAGGGAAUUUCCUGAUUUUCUCCUUGCUCGGCGGCACUGGGUGAGGAUGGAAGCUGGGGUGGCCGGGGUGCUGCUGACCGUCCUCCUCCUCCUCCUCUCCAUCCUCUGCCUCCUGGUGCGGAGCAGCGACAGGAGGAGCAGCCGGCUGCCUCCAGGACCUGCCCCGUGGCCCAUUCUGGGCAACCUGUGGCAAAAAGACGUCCUGCCGCUUCACCAGAGCUACGAGAAGCUCAGCCGCAGGUACGGCCCCGUCUUCACCGUCUGGCUGGGCCGCACGCCGGCGGUGGUGCUCUGCGGGUACGGGGUGGUGAAGGAUGCUCUGCUGGGCCACGCCGAGGAGUUCGGAGGCAGACCUGAAAUCCCCCUCAUGGCGCACCUGUCGAACGACUACGGUAUCAUCACCAAGAACGAGAAGAAGUGGCGGGAGCUGCGGAGGUUCACGCUCAGCACCCUGCGGGACUUCGGGAUGGGGAAGAGCUCUAUGUCGCAGCGGGUGCAGCAGGAGGCCCAGCACCUCGUGGAGCUGCUGGCGAGCCUCGAAGGAGAAGCCUUUGAGCCCAUGAUGGUGUUCAGGCACGCAGUGGCCAACGUGAUCUGUUCUGUCGUCUUCGGGAGCCACUUCAGCUACAGCGACACGGCCUUUCUGAAGCUGCUGGACAUGAUCGGGAAUUUUGUCAGCUUCUUCGUUUCCCCCAUUGCCAUAGUCUACAACAUCUUCCCCAGCGUCCUGCUCCGCCUGCCGGGGCCGCACAGGAAAGUCCUGGCCAAGUGCGAGAACCUGAAGGGCUACAUCCGAGAGCAGGUCGAGCAGCACAGGCAGACGCUGGACCCCAGCUCCCCCCGGGACUACAUCGACUGCUUUCUUAUGAAAGCAGAAAAGGAGAGGAGCAGCGUGGAGAAAAUGUACAGUGACGAGGACUUGGUCAUGUCAGUAUUCGACCUCUUUGGUGCUGGGACGGUGACCACCAGCAACACCCUGGUCUUCUUCAUCUUGGCGCUGGCAAAGUUCCCCCACAUUCAAGCCAAGGUCCAGGAGGAGAUCGAUGCGGUGGUGGGCCCCGGCCGCGCGCCCUGCAUGGAGGACAAGCUGAGGAUGCCCUACACCAAUGCGGCGAUCCACGAGCUGCAGCGCAUCCAGCGGGCCGGCAUCGAGAACUUCCCUCGCAUGACGACGCGGGACGUGAAGUUCGGGGGCCACACCAUCCCCAAGGACACAGCCAUUAUUCCGCUGUUUUCUUCAGUGCACAUGGACCCAACCCAGUGGGAGAACCCCAAAGAAGUUGACCCAGGCCACUUCUUGGAUGAGAAGGGCAACUUCAGGAAGUGCGAGGCCUUCAUGGCUUUUUCAGCAGGGAAGCGGAUGUGCCCAGGAGAGGCCCUGGCCCGGAUGGAGCUCUUCCUCUUCUUCACGACGCUGCUGCAGAGCUUCACCUUCCAGCUCACCAUGGAGUCCAAGGAGACGGAUUUAUUCACCCUGUGGCGGAAGAUAGAGAGGAAGGCGAUACCGGGCACGUUCUUCGCCGUGCGGCGUACAUGCCCUUGAGCGGAUGGUCCUGGCAGGGAGGAGGACGGGGCCGUCGCUUCUCCCAGAGCAGAGCGAGCAGUGCAAACCCGAGCACCAUGGCAGCAGCCACAAGCAGGAGGUGGCCUCGAGCUCCUGCUCCUCCAGGAGCCACAUCCCAGCCCUGCCACCAGGCCCUGGGCAUUCUGGCCCCCUGACCUACCCGUUCCUGUCCCAGUGCCGCCAGGACUGGUUUUCCUCCCCUGCAUCUAUCGGCUCUGCUUGAACCUCAUCUCCUCAUGCUGCCCGGAGCUCCCAGAGCUCAGUGGGGCAGCACCUGAUUUUGGGGAGGGAUUGGAAGCUUCUGCAAUAAAAACAGUCAUCGUGACUGGGUGUUGGUGUUUGUGUGGACACUCGCGGUGCCUCUUGGUGUAAGGGUGGUGGUGCUCAGCCUUCACUGCCCUUCACAGCACUGCGUGAGCAACCGCAGUGCAUGGUGAUGAAACCCUUGCGAGCUACCACUUGUCAACCAUAACAUAAAAGAGGAUGAGUGGGGGGAAAUGUGCUGUAGGAGAGGGGUGCUGGGCUUGGGAAGCAAAAAGAAUUUGCACCAAAGUCACUCCUUUCUUCUUAGGGGGACCCACACUUUUAACUAACCCUACAAUGCAAUGAAGGAUUGAGUUGGCAGCCACCAGGCACACUCUAGUCUUUAUUAGGAAACAUUGGGACUUUAAAGAAAAGGUAUUUUUCUUUAAAUCCCUAUUCAAGGGAAAAAUGAGCGGGUUGCAUGCACACCCUGCCCAGGCUCACACACACCACAGAACUGCACAGCCGGGCACCUUGAAUGGGUUCUUCAGGCGCUGUGCCGCAGAGUCCCCGGCCAGCCCCAGGAAAGCAGGGCGCUUCCUGCUGCAUCCCGGUCCUCCCAGCCCAAACCUCCCAGGUACGGGACUUCAGCCGCAUAUCCGUUCUGGGGGUGUCUUCAUCUUUCCCCUC